AUUGCCUCCACCCUCUGUACUUUGUCUCCGCCGCUGACCUCGCUGGGCCGAGAGGUGCAAAGAAUCGCUCGAUCCGAAUUUGCAGCGUCUCGCGGAACUGGCUUCCCCGAACUGGAAUGGAGGGUGAGAAUUACUAGCUGGAUGCAGGGAUGAGUUUGAGGUUUCUUCACGACGUUCAGCCUCCGCCCUCCCAUCCCUGAAAAGGAGGGGUUGGAAUAAUUCGUGUCCUUUGCCUCCCAGGCCAGCGACGGCAUUCAGAGCCGGAAAUUUUGGUGAAAGGAAACAUUGAACCUGCUAAGCUUUCUGAAGACAAAAACUGAAGCAGUUUGAUUAUCAUGGAGAAUUACAAUGUACUAAUGGAACUUGGGGAAGGAUCAUUUGGUAGAGUCCUCUUGGUCCAGCAUAAAAGCACAAGACAGAAGUAUGCAAUGAAAGAGAUAAGACUUCCCAAGUCUGUCUUCCAUAUAGAAAGGUCCUGGAAUGAAUCUAUAAUAUUGGCUAAAAUGAAUCAUCCAAAUAUUGUAAUGUAUGCAGACUCUUUUGAAGCUGAUGGACAUUUGCAUAUAGUGAUGGAAUAUUGUGAGGGCGGAGAUCUCCUACAAAAGAUUAAAUUUCAGAAGGGGAAAUUGUUUCCUGAAGAUACGAUACUUAAAUGGUUUGCACAAAUAUGUUUGGGUGUAAAUUAUAUUCAUGAGAAACAUAUAUUGCACAGAGACAUCAAAUCAAAGAAUGUUUUUCUCACACAAAAUGGAAAAAUAAAACUGGGAGACUUUGGAUCUGCAGUUCUUCUUAAAAGCCCCAUGGCAUAUGCUUGUUCAUAUGUAGGGACCCCUUAUUAUGUGCCUCCAGAAAUUUGGGAGAAUUUGCCAUACAACAAUAAAAGUGAUAUUUGGUCUCUGGGCUGUGUUUUAUAUGAGCUGUGUACCUUAAAACAUCCAUUUCAGGCUAAGAGUUGGAAACAUCUUAUACUUAAGACAUGUAAAGGAUACUACAAUCCACUUCCAUCACACUAUAGCUAUGAACUUCACUAUUUGAUAAAGCAGAUGUUCAAGAUGAAUCCCAAGUACCGCCCAUCAGCUAGUACAAUUCUUGCAAGAAAGUGCCUGGCAAAAUGUAUUGGACAAUCGUCAUUACCAGAGAAGGAGGAUGGUACGUAUGCAGGAAGCAAGAAUUCAGAGACAGAAGUCAUCUCCAAGAACUUCAGUGAAAUGGAAUUGAAGAAAACAAGUGUGGAUCAAAAAGAACAUCAUAGACAAAAAUGGGAAAAAGGAAGAUGCAGUACAGUGAUCAAAAUUUUAGAAAAUGCACCCUUACUUUCUUCCAGUAUUGCAACCAAGGAGGACACAGGUGGCUCUGUGAGAAAAUAUGAUGAAAAUGUCAAACGUAAACAGUGGGAUAAGGAACCUUCACAGACUUUGAUGAAUAUUCUUCACAACGCCGAUGUUAACUUAGCUUUUAAGACAUACACUAUCUACAAAGCAGCCUCAGAUGACCUACUGAGAGGACCACUCACAGGAGAGAACAACACAUCUGAUGAACCAGAUGGUGAAACUUUUAUGGAGGAUGCAGAGAGACUUGAACCUAGAUCAGAUGAAGAGGAUACGGAUUUUGAAGCAGAUGAUGAUCCAGACUGGAUUUCUGAAUUGCAAAAGAUAAUCAAACCAAUGGAACUGAAGAAAGAAGUACCAUUAGAUAAUCCAGUAUCAGUGCAAAAAUAUUUCUGAACCAUUUCAGAAACUAGCAGUAACAAACUAAUUGACACAUAAUGGUUUCAGAUAUAUUUCUUUGAGAAAGCAAAUUUAAUUUGAGUGAUUUUUGAUGUAAAAAAGGUAUAGCAAUUACAUUCCUCUUAAAGAUACUAAAAUAAGCAUGUUUAAAACAGAAUUCUUUACUAAGUAUAGAAAUAUUCUGUCAAAAUUGGAAAUAUAUCAAAAUCAGAAGUGUACUAUAUUAGAGGACUAGAAUUAGCACAAUCUGAGAUAUAGAUAGCAGAAUAUUUCAUGUUGUCCCUCUCUGUCAUUUCAUAUUCCUAGGCCUUUGGGAAUGCUGGAUUUAAGGUGGCUAGGCUUCAGGGAAGAUUGAGUCUGGAUUUCAGAAUCUAGAUCAAUAUUACCAUUAUAUCUCAUUUUUUAUUUGAUUGUGUGUUUUGGAAUUGUUAAUAAACCUACUCAUUUCAAUUCUU